AACAGAACAUAUCAUCAUGCAAGAUUUCAACGAUGUCAUUCAAAUAGGAGAAAAAUCCACAGACAAGAUGGAUCGUCGAAUGUCAGCCUCUCUGCGCGAGCGACGAGGCUCGAGUUCAACAGACUCGGAAGCAGAUGCAAACCUUGUUCUGGACAGAGCCCGAGUUGCACUUGAAGAAGAGCAUUCUAUGACAUUAUGGUCGGCCAUGAAAAUGUACCCGAAAGCCAUAGGUUGGUCUGUACUGGCAUCAACAUGUAUCGUCAUGGAAGGCUAUGACUUGGUGUAUGGUCAUCUUACCGCAGAUGGAACAUACCAAGUCACCGCGGCGUGGCAGACAGGUCUCACUAAUGGCACCUGUAUUGGCGAGAUGAUUGGCCUCGCAUUGACUGGUAUCUUCGCAGAUAAGUACGGUCAGCGAUGGACAAUCAUCAGCGCUUUGGCUCUUAUCACCAUCACCCCUUCCUACGCUGCUGAGGUCGUGCCAAUGGAACUGCGGCCGUACCUCACUUGCUACGUGAACCUUUGUUGGGUCAUGGGCCAGAUCAUAGGCUCAGGAGUACUUCGAGCACUCGUUGACCGAACGGAUCAAUGGGGAUACAGAAUACCGUAUGCAUUACAAUGGAUAUGGCCAGUCCCACUCGCUGUGGCCAUGUUCCUAGCGCCAGAAAGUCCUUGGUGGCUAGUCCGACAAGGUCGCAUCGAGGAAGCGGAAAGAUCAGUGAACCGACUGACGAGCAAGCGAGGUCAAGAGACAUUCGACAGCCAGAAAGCAGUGGCGGCCAUAAUACAUACCAAUGAGAUGGAGAAACACGUCACGGCGGGCACAUCGUACACGGACUGCUUCAAGGGUAUUGAGCUUCGUCGGACGGAAAUCUGCUGCAUGGUCUGGAUGAUUCAGAUUCUUUGUGGUGGAGGCAUAAUGGCAUUCUCGUCGUACUUUUUCGAACGCGCUGGACUAAACACGGCCUACUCUUUCGACCUUACGAUGGCACAAUACGGACUGGGCGCUGUGGGAGUAUUCAUUGCGUGGGCUCUGAUACCCUGGGUCGGACGACGAACGCUAUUUCUCGUGGGACAGAUGAUCAUGAUGGUCCUCCUGCUCAUCAUUGGAUUCAUCGGCGUGGGGCCCAAGAGCCAGGCAUCGUCUUGGGCAGUUGGGGCGUUGCUUCUGGUCUACGUCUUUGUAUACGACAUCACAGUCGGACCACUAACCUACUCAUUUGUUUCGGAGAUCUCGUCGACAAGAUUACGGCAGAAGACGAUGGUGCUAGCACGGAAUGCAUACCUGGUGGCAAACAUUGUCAACAACGUGCUAACACCGCACAUGCUGAACCCAACAUCAUGGAACUGGGGGCCGAAGACAGGACUGUUUUGGGCAGGAGUGUGUUUCUUGACAAUAGUUUGGGCGUACUAUCGGCUGCCUGAACCAAAAGGACGUACGUGUGCAGAGUUGGAUGAUUUGUUCGAGCGCAAGAUUCCAGCUCGGCAGUUUGCUAGCACAGUAGCGAAUCCGUUCGACAAUGGUCGGCGGCAUGGAUCGGUGGAAGCAGGCUCGAGAAGGCAAGAGUUGCGAAAGGCGGAGGCGAAC